AUGGCGACCAUGAGAGCUCGGCACAAGAUUCGGGCCCCGCGCCGGGGCCUCGUAUCUUCCCAAGUGGACGACUUCGAAAGCAUCUGGGCGACGCUCGCUUCCUCCCUGAACGAAAUCUUUACGAGAAAUGCCUCUCAGCUUUCAUUCGAACAGCUUUAUCGAAAUGCUUACAAGGUCGUGCUCAUGAUGAAGGGCCAAGAGUUAUAUGAUCGAGUGAAAGAGCUCAUUGGCAACUGGCUGCGUGAGAAUGUUCAGAAGACGGUCAUCAACUCUAUCAUUCCGAUUCUGCUUCAAGCUCAUACCGCACAGGCUUCAUCGGAGGUUUAUGACCAGACCAAUGAGCGCCGCGAAGCGGGGGAGAAGUUCCUGGGUGUCUUGACUGAAGCAUGGGAAAAUCACCAGCUGUGCAUGGGCAUGAUCACCGAUGUGCUGAUGUACAUGGAUCGAAUCAUCGCCGUUGAUCAGUCCAAGCCGUCGAUCAAUGUUGUCGCUAUGACCUUGUUCAGAGAUCAUGUUCUCCGAGCAAAAGUCCGUCCAGACGAACCUACCACAGUCUCAGAUCUUCUAGAAUCCACUAUUCUUUUCACGAUCCAGCAGGAGCGAGCCGGACAUGUCAUCAACCGAAUGUUGAUCCGACAUUGCAUUCAAAUGCUGGAGGGUCUCUAUGAAAAUGUGGGAGCAGACCAAAACUCCAAGUUGUAUCUCUCAACAUUCGAGCCUGCUUUCCUCCAACACUCCCGGGAGUUUUACGAAGCCGAGGCACAGCGGCUCCUGGAAGUGGGAGACGCUGCUACCUUCUGCAAGACCGCCUCCCAACGAAUCAUCGAAGAGCAGGAGCGAGCUCGCACAACGCUUUCUUUGCUUACUGAACCGAAGAUCCUUGCCGUUGUGGAUGAAGUUCUCAUUUUGAGGCACAUUGAUGAAGUCGUGCAAUUGGAAGGCACCGGUGUUGUCCAUAUGCUCGAUCAAAACCAGAUGGAUGGUUUGCACAAUGUGUACAUGUUGAAUGCUAGGGUGGACAAUAAGAAGGAGGCACUCACCAAGGUUGUUAGCAAAAAGAUUGUGGAGCUUGGUCAAGAGAUCAAUGCCUCGUCUUUUGCACCCCAGCCCCCUGCACAGCCAGCAGAAAAAGACGCCGAUGGGAAGAAGAGCAAAGAGAAGCCGGUCAAUCAGCAGACCGUAUCCGCUAUCCAAUGGGUGGACGAUAUUUUAGCCCUGAAGGAGAGGUUUGAUAACGUGUGGAGAAAUGCCUUCCAGUCCGACCAGGGUCUUCAAAGCUCCAUUGAGGCCAGUUUCGCGGCUUUCAUUAAUCUUAAGCCUCGCAGCUCUGAGUUCUUGUCUCUCUUCUUCGACGAGAAUCUCAAGAAGGGGAUCAAGGGUAAAACAGAGAGUGAAGUCGACGCACUUCUGGACAACGGCAUUACACUCCUGCGAUACAUCAAAGACAAAGAUCUCUUCGAGACAUAUUACAAGAAGCACCUGUCUCGUCGACUGCUGAUGAAGCGGUCUGUGAGUAUGGAUGCUGAGCGACAGAUGAUCUCCAAGAUGAAGAUGGAGGUUGGCAACCAGUUCACGCAGCGCAUUGAAUCCAUGUUCAAGGACAUGGCUGUGUCAGAGGACUUGACAGCCAGCUACAAGGAGCACAUCGCUCGUAGCGCGGAUCCUGACCAGAAACCGAUCGACCUCGAAAUCAACGUUCUCACCAGUACGAUGUGGCCCAUGGAGAUCAUGUCGAAUGCGAACGACCGCACUCUGGCCUCUCCGACGAUCUUCCCUCGUGAAAUCGAAUCCGUCAAGCAGAGCUUCGAAAAGUUCUAUUUGGGCAAACACAGCGGGCGCAAGCUUUCAUGGCAGUCUUCCAUGGGCACAGCUGAUGUCCGCGCAACGUUUGUCCGCAGCAAUGGAAAGGUCCAGCGUUACGAAUUGAACGUUUCGACUUACAUGCUCAUCAUUCUACUCCUAUUUAACGACCUUCCGGAUGGCGCAAGUCUGACUUGCGAAGAAAUCCAAGGCCGUACUCAAAUCCCAGAACAUGACAUCGUUCGCAACCUCCAAUCUCUCGCUGUGGCGCCCAAAACCCGGGUCCUCCGCAAGGAACCCAUGAGCAAGGAGGUGAAGCCCACCGACAAGUUCUCCUUCAAUAACGAGUUCUCAAGCCCGUUCAUCAAAGUGCGCAUCGGCGUGGUCAGUGGAGGUGCCAACAAGGUCGAGAACCAAGACCAGCGCAAAUCCACAGAGAAGAAGAUGGCCGAAGAGCGUGCCGGUACAAUUGAAGCCGCCAUUGUGCGCAUUAUGAAGUCAGAUUCCCCAUCCAGCUUUUUUUCCUCUUUGAAUAAAAUGCUAAUUAGACGCAGACAACGCAAAACGCUUACACACACUCAAUUGAUCACUGAAGUCCUCUCGCAGCUCUCAUCCCGCUUCGUUCCCGACGUCAACAUGAUCAAGAAGCGCAUCGAGAGUCUGCUUGACCGCGAAUACUUGGAGCGAACCAGCGAAGACCCACCUACAUACGGAUACGUUGCAUGA